AUGCAGCUCAAGGCAUUUUGGAGUGCCCUGGAGUACACCUGCCGAUUGCUGGGCAUCUCCACCGCAGCAGUGCUGAUUGGUGUGGGCGUAGAAACCCUGCAGCGAGGACAGUUUAAAAGCCUGGCUUUCUAUCUGCUUUUUUCAGGGGUUGCAGUUACUGUCUGUGAAGGCUUCUUCUUUAUCAGUUUGUUCCUGGAGAUGUGCUUCACUCACAAGCCUGAAUUCCUGGCACAGGCCUUCUGGAAGCGAGCUAGAUGCCCAGGGAGCUUCCAGAAAUUCCUGGGGUACACGCUGCUCUCAGUGGCUUGCUUCCUGCAUCCCGUCCUGGUCUGGCAUGUCACCAUCCCUGGGUCCAUGCUGGUGCUCACUGCCUUGGCCUACUUUCUGCUGAGCAAGAGGAGGAAGAGCCCAGGCCACAAAGACACGCAUCCCCAGGCAGGUCAGUACGUGGACCCUUCGGCCACUGAGGCAGCCCCAACCAUCAUUGGUGACACUGAGCAGACCUACACCUUCCACGGGGCCCCGAGGGAGCAGCACCGCUCACUCCUGGGCCAUAUGAAGAGCAUCCUGAAGGGCAGCAAGGACAGCAGCUCAGCCCCAGAAACUCCUGUCCAGCCAGCAGCCGUGCCAGGCCCUCGCAAGCAAGUGCACUUUCAGGAGAAAGUGGUGCAGAUCAUCCCCUCUGUCAGCGAGGACUUGGAGGAUGUGGAGAGUGAGGCUGAGGAGACCACAUCGGACACAACACCCAUCCUCACCCCACCUGAUGCCCCCAUCAUCAUCGCCCCUCUUAGCUCUGCCGGCCUCUUCUGA